AUGGCAGGAGGACAUUCUCAUAGAGGUACCUUGAAGAAGGCAAAAAAGCCUUUUAAAUCUAAGCAUGCCACCAAGGGUCAAUUAAAGGAUGCUUACAAAGGUAAAGUGGAAAAGACCAAGACUGGUUCCCAGAAAUCAAAUAAGGCCCACAGUAAAUUAGCAAGAAGAAAUAUUGCAAAGCAAAGCAGAGAUCAAAAAAUUUUAGAAACCAAGUUUGCUCGUCGUGUUUUUGAAGGAUCUCUGGCAGCUGAAAAGAUUGUCACUGUUAUAGCAUUGACACCUGAUUUAGCUCCUCAUAAGAUAGCAGCUCAAUUAGUUAACUCUGCUAAGGCUAACCCUGAAGAUCCUGAUGUUGCAUUUGAAUACCCAUCUGUAAAUGAUGUUAAAGUCGGAAGAUAUAAGUCCAAUCUUAAAGUUAUAAUACCGGAUCAAAAUAAUCUUUUAGCAGUCAUGGACGCAGCUAAAUGUGCAGACUUUGUUGUCUUUGGGAUAUCAGCUACAGAAGAAGUUGAUUCAAGCUAUGGUGAACAAAUUCUUAGAGCCCUUACCGCUCAAGGUAUUGCUUCAGUUAUUGGUGUAUUACCAAAUGUGGCAUCCGCAUACCCAAAGAGAAACUUGCAAAUGGAUAUUAGACAAUCAUUAUUUUCUUUCUUUACACAUUUCUUCCCUAGCGAAGAGAAGUUAUAUGCUUUAGAAGUUGAAGCUGAAGCAUCCAAUUGUAUUCGUACUAUAUGUCAAAAGUUCCCCAAAUCCAUAACAUGGAGAGAUUCAAGGGGUUACAUGGUGGCAGAUUCUGUUAAAUGGUCUACAGAAGAUCCAAAUAAUGGACAAUUGGUAAUUGAAGGAACAGUAAGAGGUAUUGGUUUUAAUGCUAAUAAGUUGGUGCAUAUCCCUGGCCAUGGCGAUUUCCAAAUAGAAAAGAUGGAAAAAAUAACUAGAAUGACCAGAAUGGGAGACAUGGAUUUGGAGGACAACAUAUAUAUUCCUAACGAGAAUCAGGAAUCAUUGGAUGAAUUGAACCCCGAAGAUAUUGAUUUUGAAGAUGAAGAAGGUAGCUGGGAAGACGAAAUUGAAGAUGGAUACAGUGGAAUCAGAAUGGAUGGACAACUGUAUUUCAACAAAUCUGAACCAAAGCCAACCAAACAGAUCAAAGCUCCAAAGGGUACUUCGGAAUACCAAGCAAGAUGGUUUGUUAACGAUGAAAUGCUUUCCGAAGAUGACGAAGAUGAGGACUCUAUUUUUGAAGAUAACGAAAUGGUGGAAGAAAACAUUGAUGAAGUUUCUGAAAACAAUAAUAAUGCUUCUGAAUAUGCUCCCACUGAAGCUGGUGAUGAAAUGUUUUUGGACUUGUCUCCAGAAGAAGAAGAAAGGCAAUUGAAUGAGUACAGAGCACAAGAAAAAGAAGAUUUGGAUUUCCCAGAUGAAUUGGAAUUGGAUCCAAGCAUGUCAGCAAAGAAUGUCUUGAGUAGUCAUCGUGGAGUCAAAUCCUUAUUUAACUGUGAUUGGGAUUUUGAUGAGCAUGAUCCACAGGCCCCAAGUGUUUGGAAGCGUUUGUUACGUAUAGGGAACUAUAAAGCUACCCGUAAUAGGGUGAACAAAGAAGGUAUCAAACAAGCCCAAGUGGUAAUUUCUAAUAAGGUAAGAAUUUUUCUUAAGGCACCUUCAUACAUCUUGGAAUCAGCGAACGCUCAAGUUCAACCAUUCAUCAUUUAUGAAUUAUUAGACCACGAACAUCAAUUAGCCGUGGUAAACUUUUCUUUCAAUACUUGGGAAGACUAUGAGAAGCCUGUUGUUUCCAAUGAGAGUAUUAUUGUUCAAUACGGACCUCGUAGACAAAUCAUUAAGCCAACAUUCAACCAAGCUACCAAUUCACCAAAUAAUGUUCACAAGUUUGAACGUUUUGCUCAUCAAGGAGUAACAACAAUAGCAACAACAAUUGCCCCAGUCACAUUUAAUAGUUCCCCAGCAAUUUUCUUCAAACCUACUCAAAAUGGUGGAAUUGAAUUUGUUGGUCUGGGUACCUUCCUUAACUGUGACCACACUAGAAUUAUUGCUGAAAGAACAGUGUUAACUGGUGAUCCAUUCAAGUUUCAUAAAAAUGUGGUUACUGUUCGUUACAUGUUUUUCAGUCCUGAAGAUAUCAAUUGGUUUAAAGCUGUACCAUUGUUUACCAAGUCUGGACGUACUGGGUUUAUUAAAGAGUCUUUGGGUACUCAUGGUUAUUUUAAGGCAACCUUUGAUGGGAAGUUGAGUGCUCAAGAUUGUGUAGCUAUGGCAUUAUAUAAGAGAGUCUGGCCUGAAGUAUCAACUCCAUGGUUAGGAUAA